AUGAAGCAGGACCUGUACUACUAUUUCAACUACUUCCUCAACUUCCCUCGCGACAACAUGGUCACCACCUACAAGUGGGAGGUGCUCACUCGCCUCUUCGGACCCUACCACGAGUUCAUUGAGAACUUCUCCAACUACGUGCUGGGCUCCGGCUUCCUUGGUCUCAUCAACAGACACCACGCUGAGGAGAUCUUGGAGAACCAUCCCGAGGCCGUGCUCAUGCGCUUCUCGCGGACCUACCCCACGUGUCUGGCUUUCAGUUUCCGCAAGAAGGACGGCAAGUACGAUCACUACACCAACAACCCCGUCUGGCACGGCUAUCCGCCGUUCAAGGGCACCAGGCCCAAGGAGGAGACAAAGUCGAACAUCCCGAUCAAGGAAUUCCUCGAGAAGGUGUUCCUGCAGAAGGGCUACGAGCUUCUGCCGCUCCGCAUCGACGGCAAGUCGGUCGCGGCCAAGGGCACGGCGUCCAAGUACGCCCAGGUGGCCGACCCCUACCUCGACACCGACAACUUCGAGGCCGAGGAGGAAUUGUCCGAUCAUCAUCGCGCUCCGGCCUCGCAUCCCACCAGCCCCGCCAGCUGGGGCGGCUACAAGAACUCCGCGGCCUCGCCGUCUUCUUCAUUCUCUGAGCGAUCGGGAUUCGGCGGUGGCGCGUAUUUGGCCGAUAGCGACUCCAGCCCCAGCACGGCCCGCAAGGGGUCGCCGCAGGGCGAGGAAUCGCAAUCGCCGUGGUCGUCGCCACUCCCCAAAUCCUUCGCGCCGGCUUCGCCCUCGGCGAGGAGGCAGGCCGCCGUCCGACAGCCGCAACUCGACAACUACGUCGAAGACAGCAUCAUGAACGACAACUCGCCUGCGUCGCUCCUGCCACCGCCGUCGUCCUUCACGUCGAUCUCACCCUCGUCGUCGCCCGCACGGUCUACCGGAUUCCGAGACAACCAGUUUUCGUCAUCGCCGUCGCCGUCCCCCUACUCCGACGUGUUCGAAUACCAGCGGCAGAAUGGCCCCCAGCAGCAGCGUGAGCGCGGCGGAAGCAGCGGCGGGAGCAGCGGAGGAGGCACCAGGCCCGUGCCCAUCGUGCAGACCACCUUCCACGGCCCCACAACCAGCCAAUCCCCGCAAGAGUCCUGCUUUUACCUCGACGGCGCCUCGGUCAAGGAGGAACUGGAGCGCAAUGAUCCAUCGUCGUCGCGUCCCGUGGCCAGGCUGGGCGGUACGUCCCCGAUCAAGAGCAAACGCGCCGAGAGCUUCCAGGAGAACUACCUCGACGAUGUGGUGUUUGUCGAAGACGAGGACGAUCGCGAUGACCCCGCCGUACGGCGGUCGGGCCGCAACCCGUCGCCGCCGGUCGCGGUGGCGGCCGCCACCACGCCGGCCUUCCGCGAGUACGCCGCCGGCCAACGGGCCACAGCCGACCCGCGCCAACGCCAGACCAUCACUGUCGCCGUCACCACCACUACGGGUGUCAGUGGCGUUUACAUCGGCGGAGGCGAGGAGCUGGCCACCAGCGCCGCGCAGCAGGACAGGUUAAUGAUGGAGGCCCUCCUGAAGGGCGGACGCUCGGGCUCUGGCGGUGUCGCCGCGCGCGACAAGGCGGAAAGAGAAAGAGAGGAGAGGGAGCUGCGGGAGAAGAGACGAGAGGAGAGGGAGCGGGCCAAGAAGGAGUUCGAGCUGAACGCCUAUGCGUACGAGCGCGACGGCGACAUACACUUUGUGGACGAAGACGAGGCCUUCCGUACCUCCGCCCCUGCCAAGAACGACGACGCCUUUGAGGCCAGCAAGGCGGAUAAAGAAUACGAGGAGCCCGAACGCUACGCGAGAGCCAGCGCCCAGCUAGCGCCGAGCCUGCUUCUGGCGAAGCAGAAGGCCGCGGACGAGUUGGUCGACGACUCGAUACUUGCGGCCAUUCUCAGUCAACAGCAGCAGGGCGACGCCUACGCCAGCAGCACCGUCGAUCAGACGAGAGAGGCGCGCGAGCAACAGGAGAGGGAGGAGAGGGAGGAGAGGGAGAGGGAGGAGCGGCGGAGGGAGAGGGAGGAAAAGCGGAGGGAGAAGGAGGAGAGGCGGAGGGAGAAGGAGGAGCGGCGCAAGAGGAAGGAGGAGCGACGGGCCAAGAAGGAGGAGAAGCGGCUAAAGGCCCAGGAGGAGUUCGCCGCCGCGGCCACGUCCUACGGCGGCGACGCGUCGAUCAGCAGCGGCUACUUUGCUGAGGACGAGAUCCUGCCCGUGCAUUCGCCGCGGCGGAGCGGCGGCACACAACAACAACAGAACGCCCAGUGGGACGAGUACUUCCUCGAUGAGCAGAAGCCCGGCGUGAAGCUCGAGCAGGCGAGUGCGGUGAGCCAGGGCGAAGAGUGGGCGGCAGAGGCGGUGGUGGACGACGAGGCGAUGAUGGCUGCCAUUCUCGGCGAGAGCGGGGCGAAGCAGCCGCCGGCGAAGGCCAAGGAACAAGCCCCGGCCGCGGAAGGGGUCAGCCCCUACGACGAGCCGUUCGAUGAUUCAUUCGAAGAAGCGACCAAUGGCAAGGAGAGCGAAAGUGAUAGCGAAAGCGAAGGAGAGCAAGAGAGGGAACGAGAACUAGAACAAGAGAAGGCCGAGCAGAGGAAGCGGAGAGACGAAGAAGAGAACGAACGCGCCAGGCAGAGACAGGAGGAGCAAGAGGCGCUCGCAAAGAAGAACGAAGAGAAAGAGCGAAAAGAGAGGGAGGAGCAGCGUGCCCAACUGGAAGAGAAGAAGACCGCCGAGGCCAGGCAAAAGGAAGGCUUUGUCCUGCCCUAUGCUGAACUGACGUCCACGGAUAGGGAACUGCUGCCUCGCUACGUCGACAGGUCCAAACUGGAGUCCUACUUGAGUGAUGAAGAGUUCAAGCUGGUCUUCGGCUGCCCCCGCAAUGUAUUCUACACCUACAAGGUGUGGCGCCAGCAGCAGAUCAAGAAGAACGCGGGUCUCUUCUAG